AUGUUUGCCUUGGCAAUAGCGAGGAGGUCUGCCGGGGUACGGCACUACUUCCCGUUUCUUCAGCGAGUGCAGCUGCGGCAGGUGCGCGCGGUGUGCUGCACGCCGAUAGUGCGGUUUGACAUUAAGAAGUACGAGAUGGAGAAGCGGCGGCGCCGGGAACUGGAAAAGGCCGGUAUUGACGUCGACGAGGGCGAUGAGGCGCCGUGGAUCGCCCCAGAGGAGCAGCAGCGUUUGGAUGAUGAAGAGGGGCGCCGCCGCGCAGAGGAGGCGGAGCGCGUGAAGGGGAUGAUGGAGCGUCGGGCGCAAGAGGACAUCGAGAAGCGCAAGAAAUUUAGAGAGUUCCGCGCCCGGCAGCUCGCGAUGAGUCGGACCCGCAAGGAGGCGAAUGCCGCAGCAAAGAGGCACGACCGACGAGAGAAGCGUUUUGUGGAGGAAGUGGUGGACGAGACGGGGGCGAGUGACGCCACGACGCCGCACGAGGAUGCAAAAGAAGAAGGUGGGCGUGCGCAGUGA